UGUGCUAACGGUAGGCUCAACAGCGGGCCCGCUUCGAUCAUCUACAACGAGCGUGGCCAUCGGUACGAGGAGGACGAACCAGACAAUAUACCCGAGGAUGAUAUGAGCGUGUCAUCGAGUCGCCAUAAUGACCGGCGUGUGUCGAAUGGUGCACCAUCCACCAGGUCAACGUCUACGGCGACGGCGACCGACACAGGAAGUGCCUACGGCUCGGCAUACUCUGCUUCGUCGCACCAUCGUACGGCGGCUUCCACAACGAGCCAUCAUACCUCCACCAGCCGACACACUUCGGCAAGCCACCUCACCUCGAGCCAACACAGCUCGGCGAGCCACCACACCUCGAGCUCACGCCAUACUUCGGACAGCCGCCGUACCUCUGGUAGCCAUCGCGAUGGCUUGCCUGCCGCGAUUCCGGACGUCGUGCGCUCCCGCGAAGGGCCGCCUACGAUCGAGCGCACAUCGACCUCGCGGUCGUCCGCUACUUCGCUCUCGUACGCGAGCUCUCGCGCUCCCUCGGAGUCGGUGUCGCGCGCGUCCACUGCCGUGCCCGACGAUGCGCGCUCUUCCCGCAGCUCGCGAUCGCGCGCGCCCACUGAGUUCACCGAGACCACCAGCACCUCCUCGCGCGGUCUCGGCGCUGCGCUCAACUCGGUCUGGGGCAACGCGGCUGCGUCGCCCGCUGGGACGGUGCCGCCGUCGCCAGCGCCCUCUGCGCCUCCUGUUGCGCCCGAGGAGCCGCCCGCGCCAGAGCCAGAGCCAGAGAUGCAGCAGCCUGAGCCUGAGCCCGAACCACCUGCACCUGAGCCUGAGCCAGCGUUCUCGACACCGUCGAAGAAGAGCAAGAAGGGCAAGUCGAAGGCGACGACCGCGCAGGCCACGCCGCAGCCGGCCGCGACGCCCAGAGCGGGUACGCGCGCGGCAAGCCCGCAGCCCGCGGCGGAGCCUGAGCCCCCUGCGCCUGAGCCACCCGCGCCUGAACCGACUGCUGAGGAGCCGCAGCCGCAGCCGGAGGAGCCUACUGAGCAGAUGCCUGGGUCUUUGGAAACAGCUGCGCCGGAGCCUGAACCUGAGCCUGAACCUGCACCUGAGCCGGAGCCAGAGCCGGAGAGAAAGCUGUCGAAGGCGGAGCAGAGGAAGUUGGCGAAGGCGUCCAAGGCAGGGUCUCAGGCGGCAAGCAAGGCCGGGUCGCAGGCCGCCAGCAAGGCUGCGUCACAAGUGCCAUCUAAGGUGGCCUCUCAGGUGCCUUCCAAGGCAGCCUCCGCAGUCCCUUCUAAAGCAGCCUCCAAGCUACCGUCUAGGGCUGCAUCCCCUCCGCCUAAAACACCGACACCACCGCCCGAAGAGAAUGCCGCGGAGCCCGAACCACCUGCGCCGGAGCCUCCCGUCGCACCUGAGCCUCCGGCUGAGAACGAUGGCUUCGCCAUGCUGGAGCAGCCGAAGUCGCGUGCCGCCUCGCGCAUUCCUUCGCGCGUGGCCUCGUCGAAGGCGACGCCCAAGCCCGCUUCGACCCCCACGCCGGCGUCCCCGCAGCCGCCGCAGCCGGCAGAGCUGCCUGAGCCAGAGCCUCCUGCACAAGGCGGCUUCGCGUCUUCACUGUUUGGUGGAUGGGCCAACGGCGGUAUCAAGCCGUCUGCCGCGACCUCCAUCUUUGGAGGAUGGGGCUCGGGCUUCGGCGGCGGCAGCAAUGGGGGCAGCGCGAAGGCGAGCCCAGAGAAGGAAGAGAAUGGCUUCUCGUCGUGGACGCUGCCAGACGCGUCGCAGCCGCAGGCGCCUCAGGCCGACGGAUGGGGUGCUGGCUCGUUCGACAACAACAGCCUGUUCGAUGCGCCCGGCGGCGAGCACCACGAGGCUAUCCCGGGUGCGUUGUCGGACAUGCUGUCAGACCCUUCGCAGCAGCAUCAUAAUGGCGGAUGGGGCUCGACGACUGAGUUGCCACCGGUCGAUGGAGGUGGCGACGACUUUGGGGGACUGCUGGGCACGCCCAAGCCUGGUGGGCUACCGGAGUUGGCACCUAUGGACGGCGAAGGCGCAGGUGAGGCGCCGGCUGAGGCUGCUCCAGUCGAGGCUCCUCCCGCAGAAGAGGUAGCGCCUGCAGCAGACGGCGCAACGGCGGAAGGCGAGGAAGACACGCCUGGUGGUACGGCGGCUGCAACACCAACGGCUACUGAGCCAACUACACCCGCUACCGAGAAGCCUGCUGACGACGACUGGGGUCUACCGGUCAAGAAGGGCAAGAAGGGUGGAGGGAAGAAGAAGGGUGGCCGAAAGUAGAGGGUACGCGCGCGGCUACGAUGACGAUAUACGAACUUGUUGAUCUACGACACGCAAUGUUGUACGGGUGUACGAACGUCACGAAUGUCUGUUGUUUGCUAAGCUUGGAACUGUCCACUGUAUGCGCCCUUCUUGUUUGUACGUACGUAGAAAUUGUAGCGAUUAGAAUUGGAAGCCUAGCCAUGGCAUGAAAGG